AUGAAUGCCGUCUUCGAGGUCCGGGUGGUGGUACUGGGUCUAGUGCCUCUUCACAGCCUCCAGGUCCAGUGCCUGGAGUGCCUGGAGUGCCUGGAGUGCCUGGAGUGCCUGGAGUGCCUGCAGCAUCAGUGCCUGUGUCUCCUGGUUCGUGCCUUGCGACUUCGGCUCCUGGUUCGUGCCUUGCUGCAUCAGUGCCUUUGGCUGGUCUUGGUGGUACUUCGCUGCCUCUGCCUGGUGGUCCGUACCUGGGUGGGACAGUGCCUCUGGCUGGUGGUCCGUGCCUGGGUGGGACACUGCCUCUGGCUGGUGCUUCGUGCCUGGGUGGGACAGUGCCUCUGGCUGGUGCUUCGUGCCUGGGUGGGACACUGCCUCUGGCUGGUGCUUCGUGCCUGGGUGGGACAGUGCCUCUGGCUGGUGCUUCGUGCCUGGGUGGGACUUUGCCUCCCUGCCCUGGUGUUGGUACUGCGCCUGGCCUCGGUGCGUGCCUUGGUGGCCUUCGUCCACCUCCUAGGCCACCUGUUAACGUACCUGGAGUUCGCACUGUGGUCCCAUUGA